CCGGAAUUCCCAUCACUGCAGCGCUCUGCUCCCCCGGAAGCACAUCUAUUCACGUGUAGCAUUUUUCAACCUUGAAAAACAACGUAGUAGAGUUGUUAGCAUUUUAUCUGUCUGAUUAUAUUGCUACAGUGAUGUCAGUAACAAAAAUGGUCUACCCUCUCUACCAGUUGGGAAACCCCCAGCUGAGGAUCUUCAGACCCAACUGGCUUCUGACUCUGGUGAGGCCGGGAAAGGAGCAACCUCCUGAUACUGUCCAGUUUCGUAUCCCAAUGGACAUGACCAAAUAUGAUGUGAAGAACUACUUGGAGAAGAUCUAUAACGUCCCAGUUGGAGUAAUUCGCACCAGGAUACAAUUUGGGUCCAACAAAAAGAGGAAUCACCUCAACCAGAAGGUUAAGAAGCCAGAUUAUAAAGUGGCCUAUGUUCAGCUGGCACAAGGCCAGACAUUCACCUUCCCCGACAUCUUCCCAGAAAAGGACCGGACGCCGAAGGAGGGCUCCAUGGAAGAAAUGCAGGAGAAGUUCAUGGAGGACGAGAAGCAGAGGCAGAAACUCGACCCCAGGAGAGGAGGGGUCACCGAGUGGUUUGGACUCUGAACCAGGGGGCCCUUGGAGCAACGUGUAUUGAUUUGAAAUGCAACCUCUGUGAUGUCACUUUUAUUUCACUGCUGAAACAUGAGCGUGUAGCGAAAAAGAGCAAUGUGUGUGUGUGUGGGAUAUGGCGGACGUGUUCAGUGUGUUUGUGAGGCUGGAGUCCAAGAACCAAAAGACAGGAGGAAUUGGAGAAGGAGAGCAGCAAGGCUUCAUCUUUAAUGAAACAAGCCCACCACACACAUUGUCCAUCACCUCAGAUAACCUCUUCUUCUUUCUCAUCCUGAUGUUCUUCCCAUACAUAUGCCGCAUUUGUUUCUAUUUGCUUUUUGUUUUGUCAAAGUAUCCUUCUCAUCUGUCAGCCCUGUUGUCUCUCUUGUCUCUAUCUUUCUGCGAGAUACUUGAUCCUCGGUCCCAGCAGAAAGCAGCAUAUAUACAGUAUAUAUAUAUAUUCCCAGCUGGUUGGAUCCAUCUGCCUGGACAGUCACAUCAUUUCCUCUUCUAUGAGUUUGUCUUGGAUUAAUUACCUGGAUUUGGUAAACAAAGAAUGGGAUGCUGUUUCAGAAAGCAGAUAUGUGCAGUUUGCAGUGGCAUCAUUAUAUUUUGUGGUAACAACUAUUGCCGUGACCAUAAAUAAAGCCUUUACCCGAUGUUUGUGUAUGUGUGUUUAAAUGUUAAAGUUGCUUUCAUAGGAACUAUUAAACGGUCACCUUUUCAAAAGCA